GGGAAACAACUGGUCCGACAAAGAAGUAAGGGAGCUUCUUUUAAUAAGAGCAGAGGAGGAAAUUACCCGGCAAAUUGACGGAACUGUAAGAGACAGCAAUGUAUACUGUACUAUUGCUGAGAGGCUUCGACUUUGCGGUGUGCAGAGAGAUAAGAAGCAGGUACGGCUAAGCUCAAAAGUCUUAAAAGUGUUUACCUAAAAACAAAAGACCACAACAACACGAGUGGCAUGACUGCCAAGUCAUUCGCUUAUUAUGAUCUGUGUGAUAAUAUCUGGGGACAUCGUCCCUGUGCUUUGCCGGUAAAUGCUGUUGGAUGCUUGACACAGACAGAGGAAAGAGCGCAAUCUCCAACUGACAGCGCCACCGAAGAUGGAGAUGAAGACGACAUAAGUCCGCCAACAAGGAGUACACCAGAAAUGACAAGCCAUCCCCCUGCGAAAAAAAGAAAAAUGUCUAAGGCAAUGAGUGCUGCAUUCCUAAAUCACCUCAACGAGUCCGAGGAAAAGUUCUUUGCCAGAGAGGAGCAACUACUGCAAAUGCAGAGGGAGUGGGAGAAGGAGGCAGAACUUCAGCACAGACAAACAGUGUUGGAAAUGACCAGGGAGAUGCGGGCAAUGCAACAGGAUGCUGUUAGUCAGUUUGGCAACAUCUUAGCAAGUAUAUUUCCUCCACAUGGUGCCCAGUCAACUGUCCGUCAGCCCUUUACUCACCAAUGGAGGUCUGGAACAUCAUCAGUUCAUGUUGCCUCACGAGAUGCUGCACCAUCCACGGUGCCACACAGUUAUAGUGAUGAGGAGGAGCCUUAUGAAAGGGUGAUGACCUACUUAUAAAACCUUGAUGGUGACUAGGCUUGUAAUGCAUUGACUUGAUUUAUGCAUAUUCUCAUUUCAAUUUUUAAUCCAGUAUAACUAAGUUCUGAAGCCUGAAAUGUUAAAGCAUGAAAAAAAAUGAGUACUGUUCAUCAACAAAUGAAUGUUUGAAUGAAUUUAUUUAUUAUUAAUUAUAUUAUUUAUUUAAUAGUUUUAAAAUUAUUUAUGUAUUUAUAGAAUGUUGUAAUUAUUUUUCUGUAUUAUUUAUUGUUCUGUGACUAAAACCCCAUACUUGUAGUAGCCUAUUUGUUCAAUUGUUCAGACUUCUGUUCUAUUGUAGUUGUCUGUAUUAAUCUGUUUUAUAUUAAAAAAAGUAACAGAACAAAACAAAUGUAACAAUUACAUUAAAAACAUUUUCGCUGAAUUCA